AUGUACAGGAAGCUGCUGGAGGGAGAGGAGAACCGGCUCUGCGGGGAGAACCCGUCCAACAUCAAUGUCUCUGUGGUGGGCAGAACCACGAUUGCUGGCAGCAGAGCCGGCGGCUUUGGAGCCGGCAGUGGCAUGGGAGGAGGAGUAUGUGCGGUCGGAGGAGGAAGCAUCAUUGGAGGCAGCUGUGGAGUGGGAGGAGGGCUCCUGGGCGGCGGCUUCUCCUCUGGAAGUGGGAGGAUGUGCAGCACUGGAGGCGGCACCUUCGUGGCGGGGGGUGGAUCCUCCUCCGCUGGUGUCAGCAGAGGUAUCGAGGAGGUCCGUGUCAAUGUCAACCUGCUGAGGCCAAUGCAGCUAGAAGUUGACCCUGAGUUCCAGAGGGUGCGCUCAGACGAGAAAGAGCAAAUUAAGGCUCUCAACAACAAAUUUGCCUCAUUCAUCGAUAAGGUUCAAUGUCUUGAGCGGCAGAACCAGGCUCUGAUGGCCAAAUGGGAACUUCUGCAGCAGCAAAGUGCCCGACCGGAGGAGCGCAGAAAUAUCACCUCAUUCUUCCAAUCUUACAUCAGCAACCUGCAGAGGCAGCUGGAAAUGCUCCAGAGCCAGAAGGAGCAGCUGGAUCCAGAAGCGUAUAAUAUGCUGCAGCUUGUUGAAGAUUACAAAAAGAGGUUUGAGGAUGAGAUCAACAAGCGUGCGUCUAAAGAAGAGGAGUUUGUGGAGCUUAAAAAGGAGCUGGACAAUGCCUACAUGGGAAAAAUGGAGUUUGAUGUCCGUGUGGAAAUACUGAAGCAGGAUCUUGAGUUCCUCAGAUGCUUACAUGAAGCUGAGCUGUCCCAGCUGCAAACAGUGGUUGGCAACACCAAUGUCAUUCUGUCCAUGGACAACCACCGAGAACUCAACAUGGAUGGCAUCAUUGAAGAAGUCAGGCAGGAGUAUGAGACAAUUGCUCAGAGAAGUAAAGCUGAAGUAGAUGCCAUGUACCAGGGCAGGUACCAGGACCUUCAGAACUUGUGGGUAAAUCAACGUGAGCAGCUGGGGAACAGCUACAAAGAGAUCCAGGAGCUCGUCAGGCAGAUCCAAAGACUCCAACCAGAAAUUGAAAUUGCAAAGAAAAAGAAUGACAGCCUCCAAGAAAACAUUAAAGAUGCUGAGCAGCGUGGGAGUUCUGCCAUCAAAGAUGGCCAGCAAAAGCUUCAGGAGUUGGAAAACGCCCUGCAGCAGGCAAAAGAUGACCUCACUCGCCUUCUUCAUGAUUAUCAGGAGCUCCUGAAUGUGAAAUUGGCCCUGGAUAUUGAAAUUGCCAUGUACAGAUCACUCCUUGAUGAGGAGGAGACCAGGUAG